AUGGCGACCGCCAAUUUUAUCGACGAUUUGAUUACCUCUGAGAUAGAUGAAAGUGCCGUUAGUGCCUUAGUUGGUGCAUUAGAAGGACAAUUGGCUUCCCCUACACACAAGGAUAACUCACAGUCGAUAUCAGAGUCUUCUAUAAAUAAUAAUCAUAUCACUACAGCAAGCACUCCGGUAGCUUGUACUGCAUCAUCUUUCAACAUUGUACAGACCACCAAUGUAACACAGGGACUAAAAGGUUUGUCUUUACCAAAUAGUGUGACUGUGAACUCUGUCACGAGUCCAUUGGUGAAACUGACCCAAUCAGACCCCCAGAUCAUUGGUAUUAAUUCUAUAAUAAACUCAAACAAUGUUGCAGCAUCUAGUAACAAUACUCAAAGUAACAGGGAAUCCCCUGUACCAAACUCGAGCCGAGUUGUAAACAACCAGCAUGCUGUCAGAAUAGUACCGAACACUCAGCCACUAGUGAAUUCAAGAAGUUCUCCUUUACCCCAAGCAGUAGUCAAUUCCAGUAGUUUAGUGCAUACAAACCACGUACAGAGUGCAAAUUCGCCACAAAUAGAUCUAAACAGGACUACUCAUUCUCCUAAUGUAAAUACAAGAAUUGUCAUUUCAAAACCAGGUGAAACAGUAGUUGACCAGAAAUCUGUGAUAAUACCACACGUUACAUCAAGUGCUGGAGGAAUCACCAUUCCACAACAAUUUUCUAGUCAGCAGGAUGUAGUGUUAAAACCAGGACAUAUUAUUUUGAAACAUGACCAGGUAAAUUCUGGGAAUGUAAAUGCUUUAAAACAAGAGCGUGUAACGACUAUCAAACAAGAAGGCUCUAUGAGCUCGCAACAGCAUAAUCAGUUUUUGAUAAAAAAUGAUCAACAAACUACGAGAAGUCCCAUCUCGAAUGUGAAACAUGAAGGCUCACCGACAAUUCAGACAAUACAGACAGUUCAUGGAGCACAACAAAUUCAAACUGGAUCUGUACCUACAGUUGCUGGUAGUCAAAUCACACAGGCAACAAAUGUUCAUAUAGUUAAUGCACCAAUAAAAGGUGGUGUAGCAGGGAACCAAAGUGUUAUUACAGUGAGGACUCCAGGACAUACACAGCCUGGUCAGGUUGUGAUGCGUCAGCAAGCGCCACAGUCGAGUGGUGUGCCUAUGCAUGUGGUUAGUGUCAGUGGUUCCAAUGUGGUGCCAAGAUUCACAAACAGUAAAGGCGCAGUAGCACGGGUGGCAACUGCUUCACCUGCACGACCACAGCAAAUCAACAUAGCACCUCGGCCAGGAACCACAGCGGGAACCAUCACAUUGCCUACGGGGAUGUUACCUCCUGGUGGGAUGUUGAUGAAGAAUGAACAAGGUCAGUUUAUGAUUGUCACUGCUAACCAAGGGGGAGUACAACAGGCAGUGUCUACAACAAUGGUUAGUUCUACAACAGGUCACCGAAUACAGUAUGUGAGGCCUCCUACCACAGUCCAAGCUCAUGCACGGCCUCCUACGACUCAGAUAGUCACCAUCCAACACCCGUCUGGUACGUCAAUAGCUGGCCAACACCAGACAGUACUCCGUCAGACCGUCCCUUCCUCAGGAGCCCCAACACUUGUGUCUACAGCAUCAAGCCAGGUGGUUCAGACUGUUGUUCGGGCAACCAACCCCAGUAUGGCACCAAACACCUCAACAACUCCUGGAACAAGCCAAAGUUCUGGUCAAGUCCAGCAGCAGCCUCUAGAUAAUGUGAAAAAAUGUAAAAAUUUCCUCUCAACAUUGUUGAAGCUUGCAGCAGGACAACCCAAAGAAACUGUCAAAAAUGUUCGAGAGCUCAUCCAGGGUCUCAUUGAUGGUAAAGUGGAACCUGAGGCCUUUACAGAAAGAUUACAGGCAGAACUUAAGUCAUCCCCCCAGCCAUACCUAGUCCCAUUCUUAAAGAAAAGUCUGCCUCUCUUGCGUAAGUCACUGAUACAGAACAAGAUGUCAAUAGAAGGUGUAAGAGCACCACCUAUGUCUGUCCUGCAGCAAAAUGUGAUAAUACCCUCAGCAGCAACAUCAGUGGGCCAAGUACAAAACCAGAUCCCUCAUCUUUUAAACACAGCCAAAAGUCAGCCAGGGAUGAUUCAGGUGCAGCAUAUACAGAAAAGUGUGGCACACAACCGGGGCAGCAUACCAAAGACAGUGGUUACUGGACGGGUUCCAGGGGCUCAUGGGGCUCACGGGGUCCAGGGACUACCCACAGUCAACACUGUACAGGGACAAACAAAGUCACAUGGCAGCACAGCGGGUCACCGUGAAAAACCGAAAUAUGACUCCCUCAAAGAUGAUGAUGACAUCAAUGAUGUAGCAACUAUGGGAGGUGUGAACCUGUCAGAAGAAUCCAAAAAUAUCCUUGCCACAAAUGCAGAUUUCAUUGGCACACAGAUACGCUCAUGUAAAGAUGAAGCCUUUCUUCACCAUGCAACUUUACAAAGUCGGAUUAGUGCUAUAGCAAAGAAACAUGGUGUAGACGAGGUGUCAACAGAUGUGAUUAAUCUUGUGUCUCAUGCUGCUCAGGAACGGAUGCGAGAUGUUUUAGAAAAGUUAGCGACAAUAGCAGAACAUAGAAUAGAAAUAUAUAAAAUGAAUGAUAGGUUUGAAGUAACAAAGGAUGUGAAGUCUCAGUUAAAGUUUAUAGAAGAGCUUGACAAGUUAGAAAAGAAAAGGCAUGAGGAACAAGAAUGGGAAAAAAUAAUGAAGGCAGCCAAGAGCCGAUCAAAACAUGAAGAUCCAGAACAGCAGAAAAUUAAACAAAAGGCCAAAGAGUUACAACAAGCUGAGAUAGAACGAAUGAGACAAGCGGAAGCAAAUCUAACAGCACUAGCAGCAAUAGGGCCUCGAAAGAAACGGAAAACUGAUUUUGGGGAGUCAAGUCAGGGAAGCUCAGGAGGAUUGAAUCUGUCCAAUGGUUUAGGAUCAUCAUCAUCCAGAUCUACGUCCAGACCAAGGAUUAAAAGAGUAACGUUAAGGGAUGUUCUCUUCUUCAUGGAACAGGAAAGAUCCAUGUGCAAAUCUAAGGUUCUCUAUAAGACAUUUUUAAAAUGA